GUAUUUAAAUCAAAAAUUUACAUUAUUUUUUGUUGGUGUUUAACAAGUUUUUCGUUCAACAAUAAAAUAUAUAAAAAUUUCUUUCGUUACUGAAAUUUAUUUAAAGCAUUUUUGCUAUUUGCAUAAAGGGAAUAUUAUAAUAUAUAAAUUGGGGACAAAAUGACUAUUAUUAAGGCCGCAUUUUCAAAAAAGCGUCGUUUACUUGAAGCCUUUAUUGAUGCUGAAGAACAAAAUCAAAAUUCAAAUGAUACGAUUAUUGAACCAAAUUCAAAAAAAGUUCAUAUUGGUGAACCAAUAAAUGAUAAUAUUAGAAUGGAUUGCUCAAUUGAUACAUCCGAUUUCGAAAUAAAUAAUCCAAUACAACCAUUAUUGUCAUCUAGAGUUUUAUAUUUAAUUAAAGUUAAAUUAGAAAUAUUUGAACAAUGGGAAUUAAAAAAACGUACAGCAUUAGAAAAAAUUUAUGAAAGUGUUGAUUUAUUAACAAAUAAAGAAGAAAAGCUAGAAAAAUUACGAACAAUGAAAAAAGAAAAAGAAGAAAAACGUAAAUUAUUACAAAAUUCGCUAAUAACAAAUACAAAUGAUCUUAUUAAAUCUGAAAUAACUUCACAACUUUCAUUACAAAAUAUUCAUAAUUUGAAUAAUAAUCAAUUUGGAAAUCCAACUGUAAAGAAAGAAUCAAAUCAAAAAAUUGAAAAAAUGAUUCCAAUUGGACCAAAUGGUACAUUGGUGCCAGAAAAAGUAUUACAAUUAAUUAAUUGGAAUCAACCAACAGCUGCAACACGUAAGCUUUUAAUGACAGUAUUUGAUCGAGAUACCUUAGCAUUUCAUACAUUAACUGGUAAACCGUCACCAGCAUUUAUGGGUUGUGGCAGACCAUUAAAAGAUCAAUUAAAUCCACAAAAAGUUGCUGAUAUUAUUCAUAUUGUUACAAAACGUUCAAAAGCACCAGAACGAGAUAUUCGUAGUGCUAUAACAACGAAAUGUGCAGAUGAAAAUAAAAUGUACAAACAACGUCAACAAAGAAGAGAUAAAUUGGCAACAAUAUAUCAAGCAAAUAAAGAAAAUUUUAAUUAUUUUAAACAUAAUAUGACAUUUUGAAAAGGAAAAGCAAAAUUUAUUAUGUUAAAUUUAAAGAUAACAACUUCCUAAAUCGAACAUGAAAAUUAUUCUACAUUACUGAAAUCAUUUUCUAGAAUCAAAAGUUCCAUAAAAUCGUAUAAGAUAAUAUACAAUUAAUUAUGAGACAACACCUUUAAUUUUUAAACCUAUUACUUAUUAUAUUUGCAAAUAAUAUAUUAAUUGAUAAUAGGUUUAUUAAAUUUAUUUAAUUGAAUAUUUAAAGGUACUAAUAUUUUUUAAUUUUGCAUAUUCAACAUUUAAAAAAUUUAAUUUGCAACAUGAAACAAAAAAAAACAAAAAAAUUCUAAUUUUAGAGAUAAGAUUUUUAGUUUAUAAGAACUGUGAUUAGUAAAAGAAACUAUUUUUGAGAGCGAAAAUUGUGAAGAAGUGAUAAAAAGUCAAACUUAUAAAAUAAAAUUUUGUACCUACAAGAAAAACCAAAACUUUUACUUUUAAUGCUGAUUUUUUUUUAAAAGUUUCGGUUCAAUAUAAUUUACAAUAUUUUACAUAAUAUGUGAGAAAAGUCUUCAAGACAAAAACAGUUUAUAAACACAAAACAAUUAAUUUGAUUGUUUACAAUGAAAAUUGAAUUAACAAAAUUUAAAAAAUUUGGUAAUCGUUAUGCGUUUUGAUGAGAAAAAAAAUGCCUGCUACUAAUGCAAUUCAAUAUGGAAAACAGUAUUCCUUCGUGCGAGAAUAGAAAACUCAAUCUAGAAUCGAGUACACACCGAAAAGAGAUUUUAUAUUUAUAAACGUGAGUCCACAAUACUUUUUUUUAAGAAUAUAUCCAGAAAAACAGGAAAAAUAUUUCUAAGAAAUACUAAAAAAUUUAAGAGAAAAUUUCUGUUUUAUGUUAAAAAAUACACAUUUAAAAUUAAAAUGAG